CCCUAGUCCCAUUCAGUGAGCACCUGUGUGAUCGGGAUGCUCAGUGUCAUAAUUUGAUAUUGCCGAUUUUACAAGAAGCGAUACCGUGUCAGCAUCCAGAGGAUUUCAGACAGUGAUGCACACCAAGCAACCCGCGUUCGGGUUGUGAUGGUGGAUGAACAGGAACAUGGCCAGCAGACAGGAUACAAGUUGUCCCCGAUCCAAUUUGUCGACAUGCGAGGAUAUAAAUACAAUUAUUUAGCGCGCAACGUGUCUACCUUGGCUUUCAUCCCCAUCCUCGCCAUUGCGGGCAAAAUUGUCACACAUGCCGCUCCUGAUCUAUUAUUCCGCGAUAGAAGAGUCAUCUCAUCAUACUAUCCAACAGCAUUACUUCCAAAAUAAUUCUGUCUUGCAGUAACUCCUUGCCAUUCCUGGUGGUUCAAUCCAACCAAUGUUAUGCGGUUCUGUGCUCAUCUUGGCACAUCCGGAUCUACUUUUGCCACUCGCAAGGAACAAUUACCCACGUUCUGUUUCGAUAUCUACUCAGGUUUCCUGACGAGGACCUAUCAAGCAUGUCUUCUGAAUCUGUGCGGUC